AAGUAGAGAAAGAAAGAAAGAAAGCCAUCAAUAUAUGUAGGUAGUUAGGGAAGAAUGGUGAAAGAAGCAGCAGAAAAGAAACUCUACGAUGCUGCAUCAAAAGGGGAUUUAGAAACACUUAAACAACUGCUUCAACAAGAUCCAUAUCUUGCUCAUGAAGCCCCAUUUGCCUUUUCAAGAAAUCUAUUACACAUAGGAAUCACGCAUGGACAAGUAAGCAUUGUGGAAGAGGUGUUGAAGAUGAAUCCGCGGCUAGCUCGGAUCCUAGACUCCCAAAAACUGUCGCCUCUUCACAUCGCAGUAGAAGAAGGGAAGCUCGAGAUUGCCAAGAGAUUGUUAUCAGUAGCCCCAGAGACGUGCUGGUGGCGAGACGGCCAUGAUAUGAACCCGGUUCAUGUUGCGGCCAUGGAUGGGAAUGUCGAGAUCUUGGAGGAGCUGCUUCGACUCGAUUUGUAUCCAGCUAUGGAGAGAGUGCGUCGCGGGCAAACUGUGCUGCAUCUGUGUGUGAAGCAUCGUCAGCUUAGAGCAUUGAAUGUUUUGGUGGAGAAGUUGGGUGAGCUUGUUUGUGCAAAGGAUGAUGAUGGCGAGACAAUACUGCAUUUGGCUGUGAGGUGCAAUCAACUUGAGAUGAUAAGAUACUUGGUGCAAAGAACUAAACUAGACAAGGAGAUGACGAAUUCGACGGGGAAAACAGCGUUGGAUAUCUUGAAGGAGAGCCCUCGAGACCCAAUCACCUAUCCGGAAAUCAGAAAGAUCUUGAAUAGUUUAUCAGAUCGUUCAAAGUUGCUGGGAAUCCUCCCCAAGAUGACCGACAUCACAAUGGUGGUGGUCGUCCUCAUCGCCACCAUGGCGUUCCAAUCCAUCCUCCAACCCCCCGGCGGCGUGUGGCAGGACGACACGCCAUCGCACAAGGCCGGCGAAGCUGUGAUGGCAUACACACAUCCCAAAAUGUAUAAGCACUUCGUUAAUGCCAACACCACGGCGUUCGUUUCAUCUCUCAUCACAAUCAUGCUCAUCACCACCGGGCUGCCGCUGGAGCACUUCUUUUUCCUGGCGGUGGCCACGACGGCGAUGUGGCUGUCGCUGACGUCGCUCGCGGUGGGCUAUGGGGCUUCAGUGAUCAUGACCACUCCUAAUGAAGAGCAAACGCUAGGAUAUAUUGUGCCGGCGGUGGUGUGUGUGUUCCUCAGCUUCAUUUUGUUGCUAAUUCUCUACCACUCUAUCAACGGCUUGCAAUCCUCGUGGAAGAGAAAAUCUCGUUAUGAGUACAAACGUAUGCAACAUCUUAUUGCAGUGUAGAUGCAGAUGUACUAGUAAACCCACUCGUGCGAUAGACGGGUGGAGUCAGAUUUUGGAUUUAGGGGGUCCAAUUUUUUUAAUAAAAAUAAUAAUUAAAUAAACAAUAAACAAUUAAAUUAAAAAUAAA